GUCCCGCUCGAUCCCUCUCUGAUAGUACCAAACACAAGCAUAAAACGCAAGCCAACAGCAAAGAGAGAGAGAACAGACGUGUUUCAGAGAGACGUUGACGUACACAGCUCAAACAUGGGCUAGACUUCUGAGGAUCACCAAAACAUGCAUCUAAUCAGAGUAGAAAGAACCUACGGUUUCUUUUACAAAUUUUGAAGAUAGUGGUUUCUCUUUUAUACUUGAAUUCUAUUCAUCAGGUACGGGGAUCGAGGCAUAAAAAGCUUUAUACUAGCCAUCUGUUUUUUAAUUGAUUGGCUUUUGAUCGAAUACAUCCGGUUCAUAGUUGGAUCAUCCUUGAUUAUUUCGAGGAUAUUAGUUUCCUGUGAUCAGAAUUAGGAAGUGGUAGUGUUCUUGGAUUGAGUCAUGGCAACUGUGUCGCUCGCAGAUUCUAAACGUAUGUAUUCCUGGUGGUGGAACAGCCACAUAAGCCCCAAAAAUUCAAGAUGGCUUCAAGAGAAUCUUUCAGAUAUGGAUGUCAAAGUCAAACAAAUGAUUAAACUUAUUGAAGAAGAUGCGGAUUCUUUUGCAAGGAGGGCAGAGAUGUAUUAUAAGAAACGUCCAGAGCUUAUGAAAUUGGUUGAAGAGUUUUACAGAGCAUAUCGUGCCUUGGCUGAAAGAUAUGAUAAUGCUACCGGAGUGCUUCGCCAGGCACAUCGAACAAUGGCAGAAGCAUUUCCCAACCAAGUCCCUGUCGUGUUGACUGAUGAUUCAUCUGUAGUUUCUGCUGAUGGUGAGCCCCGUACACCUGACAUGCCGCCAAUACGUGCACUUUUUGAUCCCGAUGAGUUGCAAAAGGAUGCUUUGGGAAUCUCUCCAUCACAUUCCCAUGCUAUCAAGAGGCAUAUAGCUUUUACCGAAGAAUCUGAUUCUGUUCCUGGGAGAAAGGGUUUGAAACAGCUCAAUGAUUUGUUUGGGACUGGAGAAGGAAGGGCAAGAAAAGGCCUCAAUUUUCAUGAUGCUGAAGAGAAAGAUCAAGUCAUGCAAAACAUUGGCAAAAGUGAUAUCAAGGCUCUAGUUCCAUCGGAGUCUGAGCGAGUGGGUAAAGCUGAGCUGGAAAUUGUAACCUUGAAGAACGCAAUUGCUAAACUAGAAGCAGAAAAGGAAGCUGGCCUACUUCAGUACCAACAGAGUUUGGAUAGAUUGUCUAAGCUGGAGUCAGAAGUCUCUUGUGCAAAAGAGGAUUCCAAGGGGCUUAAUGAACGAGCCAGCAAAGCUGAAGCCGAAGUGCAGACUUUGAAGGAAGCCCUCACUAAACUAGACGCUGAAAGGGAAGCUAGUUUUCUUCAAUACCAGCAGUGCUUGGACAAAAUAACUAAUUUGGAGAACAAUAUCUCCCAUGCCCAAAAGGAUGCUGGAGAACUCAAUGAGCGUGCUACUAAAGCUGAAAUUGAGGUUCAAUCACUUAUGCGGGAACUGGCUAAAUUAAAAGCUGAAAAAGAAGACACUUUUCUUCAGUUCAAACAGUGUCUAGAGAAGAUAUCUGAUCUGGAGGGAAAAUUAUUGCAUGCUGAGGAAGAUUCCAGGAGGUAUAAUGAACAUGCUGAUAAAGCUGAAAGGGAAGUUGAAACCUUGAAGGAAGUGCUAGCCAAGCUAACUGAAGAGAAGGAAGCUGCUGCUGUUCAGUACCAGCAGUGUUUGGAUACAAUUUCAAGUUUGGAGCAGAAACUUACUUUUGCCCAGGAGGAGGCCAAAAGGCUCAACUCUGACAUAGAUGAUGGGAUUGUGAAGUUGAAGGGUGCUGAAGAAAAGUGUCUUCUGUUGGAAAGAUCAAAUCAGACUAUGCACACUGAGUUGGAGUCUCAGGCACAGAUAAUGGCUUCUCAAAGUGAAGAACUUACAGAGAAGCAGAAGGAGUUGGGAAGACUUUGGACUUGCAUACAAGAAGAGCGCUUGCGAUUCAUGGAGGCUGAAACUGCUUUUCAAACUUUGCAGCAUUUGCACUCUCAAUCUCAGGAAGAACUGAGAUCUAUGGCUGCAGAGCUUCAGACUAGGGCUCAGAUUUUGCAGGACCUAGAAGCUCAUAAUCAUAGUUUACAAAAUGAAGUUGAACAGGCCAAGGUAGAGAACAAAGGCCUGACUGAAGUCAACUUAUCUUCAGCUUUGACAAUACAAAAUUUGCAAGGUGAGAUUUCGAGCUUAAGGGACACAAUAGGGAAACUUGAAGCUGACGUAGAACUUCGACUGGACCAAAGAAAUGCUCUUCAGCAAGAAAUUUACUGUCUGAAGGAGGAACUAAAUGAUGUUAACAAGAAACACCAGGGUAUCAUGGACCAGGUGGAAUCAGUUGGCUUCAGUCCAGAGUGCCUCGGGUCAUCUGUGAAGGGUUUGCAGGAUGAAAACAUAAAGAUCAAAGAAGUUUGUGAGAAAGAGAGAAGCCAAAAUGUAGCUCUUUUAGAAAAGUUGGAGAUCAUGGAGAAACUUAUAGAGAAAAAUGCUCUUUUGGAGAAUUCAUUAUCAGAUUUGAACGUUGAGCUAGAAGGGGUGAGAGAGAGGGUAUGGGCAUUAGAAGAAUCCUGUCAAACUCUCUUAGAAGAGAAAUCCACUCUUGUUUCUGAGAAGGCCGCAUUAGUCUCUCGGUUACAGAUUGCAACUGAUAAUUUGGAGAAACUCACAGAGAAGAACAACAUUCUGGAGAAUUCCCUUUUUGAUGCGAAUGCUGAAGUUGAAGGGUUGAGGGUAAAAUCAAAGAGCUUGGAAGAAUUAUGCAUGUUGCUUGACAAUGAGAAGUCUGAUUUAGCCACUGUGAAAGAAAAUUUAAUUUCUCAGUUGGGAAUCACUCAGGAAAGACUGGAAGAUUUGGAGAAAAAUUAUAGAGAGUUACAACAGAAAUACUUGACUUCGGCGAAAGAGAGAGAAUCCGCACUUCAUGAAGUAGAAGAAUUGCAUGUUCAGUUAAAUGCUCAAAAGCAAGAAUAUGCUAGUCAUGCCCAGUUGAGUGAGUCUCGAUUAGCUGGUAUGGCAACACAGAUUCAUUUGCUACAAGAAGAAGGCCAUUGCAUAAAGAAAGAACACAAAGAAGAACUGGACAAAGCCUUUUACGCUCAGACAGAGAUUUUCAUUUUGCAGAAAUGUGCGCAGGAUCUGGAAGAAAAUAAUUUGUCCCUUUUCCUUGAGUGUCAAAAACUCCUGGAGGCAUCUAAACUGUCAGAGAAACUGAUUUCUGAACUGGAGCAUGAAAAUCUUGAACAACAAGUGGAAGUGAAAUCUUUAUAUGAUCAAAUUGAAGUGCUAAGAGUGGGGCUUUAUAGGGUGCUGAAAGCUCUUGAACUUGAAGCAAAACAGGGGUGUGAAGACAAGGCUGAGCAAGAUCAAAUGCUUCUGAACCAUGCACUUGACAAGCUACAAGAAACACAAAAUUUUCUCUUUGAGAUGCAAGAUCAAAAUCAACAAUUGGUCAUUGAGAAUACUGUUCUUGUUACUCUGCUUGGGCAACUGCGACAAGAGGUGGCAAAUCUUGUGACAGCUAAAAACACUCUUGAUCAGGAGUUGGCAAGCAGGUCGGAGCAGUUCUUGCUAUUACAUGGUGAGAACCAAAAUUUUGCAGAGGUAAAUGAAGAAUUGAGAUCGAAGAUAAUGGAGAGAGACUGCAAGGAGGAAAAUUUGACGGUUGAGCUAAAGACUCUGCAUGGACAGCUCUUAGAUUUGCAAGGGGAUUACCAGAAUUUACGGAAAGAGAAAUGCAAGGUGGUUGAUGAGCAAAGAUUGCUAAUGAAAUCAAUCUCAGACUUGGGAGAAGAGAAAUGUAAUUUAGAAGAAGAGAACUGUGCCAUUUUUGCUGAGACAGUGUCUCUAAGUACAAUUUCUCUGAUUUUCAGGGAUAUUAUUGUUGAAAAAUUUUUGGAUAUAAAGGAGCUUAGUGAAAAUCUGGAUACACUUCAUGAUGUCAAUAAUGGCCUUAAUGAGAAGGUGAAGAUGAUGGAGGGGAAGUUGUUGGAGCUUAGUGUAAUACAGGAUGAGAAAAGAGAGCUGCAUAAAAUGGUGGAGGACCUGAAGUGCAAGUAUGAUGAGGUUGAGUUGAUACGAGCAGAUCAAGAAAAGCAGAUCAUCAAACUUUCUGGAGAUUCUGAUCAACAAUGUAAGGCGGUAGAAUGCAUUCAGGAAGCAAAUCAAGAAUUGGAGACUGAACUGGGGAAGUUGAAUACAGAACUUUUAGAAACUAAGAUCAGGGAGGAAAGUUUGAAUUGUGAACUGCAAAAAGGAAGAAUAGAGAUUGAAUGGUGGGAAUCUCAGGGUUCGGCACUUUUUGGCGAACUGCAGAUAUCUGCUGUCCAACAAGCACUGUUUGAAGGAAAGGUUCAUGAGCUCAUUGAAGCAUCUGAGAGCCUUGAAGGAAGAAAUCGUUUGAAUGAUAGGGAGAUUGACCAGAUGAAAGAAAGAGUUAGCACCUUGGAACUUGAAAAUGAAGAACUAAAGUCUCAGAUGACUUCACAUGUACCAGCUUUCACUUCUUUGAGGGAUUGUGUAGCGUCUCUGGAGAAUCAUACUCUCUCACACGCAACGCUCCAUGGAAUUCACAAUAAGGAAGCAAAGGAUGCCACAUUUGUGGUGCAUACUGAAAGCUGUCAACAGAUUAGUGAUGACCAAACUGCCAUGGGUCCAGGUGGACUUUUGGACUUGCAGGAUUUGCAAAUGAGGAUUAUAGCUAUAGAAGAAGCAGUAAAGGAAAGGGAGAGACUUGUUAUUCUGGAAAACUCUAAUGCUAAUUCCAAACUUGCUGAUGCAAUUAGACAGAUUGAAGAGAUGAAAUCCGAAAGCAGCUUACAUGGAGAAGCUGUUGAAGCAGGCAAGCAUGGGAAUCAAAAUCCAGAUGACAAGGAACUGGGAUCUGAUCCUGAUAAUAAUCUCAGGCUUCAGAAGCGAACACAUGAAAACGCUGAAGAGGGGAAUGGAGUGAUGACGAAAGACAUAAUGCUUGAUCAGAUAUCUGAGUGUUCAUCAUAUGGGAUCAGCAGAAGGGAGACUGUAGAGGCUGAUGAUCAGAUGCUUGAAAUAUGGGAAACUACUACCGACCAGGAUGCCAGCAUUGACCUGACUGUUGGAAAGGCCCGGAAGGCUACUGCUACUCUGACUGAGAAGAAGCGCAACAAGGAUCAUCCUUCUGUGGAAUCAAUGGUUGAGAAGGAUGUUAGUGUGGACAAGUUAGAGAUCUCAAAGAGAUUAUCAGGGUCUCGCCAAGAAGUGAAUGAGAGGAAAAUUCUAGAAAGACUUGAUUCUGAUGCACAAAAGUUAACUAAUCUUCAAAUAACUGUGCAAGACUUGAAGAGGAAGGUGGAGAUCACAGAGAAGAACAAGGGAAAAGGUAUUGAAUAUGAUAACGUGAAGGAGCAGUUGGAAGAGUCUGAGGAGGCCAUUAUUAAAUUGUUUGAUGUGAAUCGCAAAUUAAUGAAGAGCAUUGAAGAUGAAUCAUUUUCGGUUGAUGAGAAAUCUGUGUUAGCAUUGGAUGAGAAUGGAAGUGUCAGAAAGAGAAGAAUUUCAGAACAGGCCAGAAGAGGGUCUGAAAAAAUUGGACGGUUGCAGUUGGAGGUGCAAAAACUGCAAUUUCUUUUGCUGAAACUUGAUGAUGCAAAUAAAAGCAGAGGAAAAACCAAAAUCAUAGAACGAAAAACAAGAGUUCUUCUGCGUGAUUAUCUGUAUGGUGGGACAAGAACUAGCCAGAAGAGAAAGAAAGGGCAUUUCUGUGCAUGUAUGCAACCUCCAACCAAGGGGGAUUGACAGAAAUUACAUUCUAUCGGCAUAAAAUUGGUGUAGUUAAGACAUUUAGUUGCUUUGUGCAUAAAUUUUAGAAAUCUUCCGUAGACUUAAAUGUUACUUUCUUGUUUGCUUA